UCUUUUUCAUGAUUUGCUUUUGGGAAUUCCAGUUCUGAACAUGGUGGAUUCAAACAAAUGUGCAGAGCAUUAUGUCAGAGAUGAGUGAAGAGGAAAUGUGCAUAUCAACCCAAAUAGUGAAGUACAAAGAAUUUGCAGGAAAUGAAGGACAACAACAUAGCUCCUCUGUAGUGAGUCAUCUCAGAAGCUUAGGAUUUGAUGCAGCAAUCUGCAGAUCCGAGCCCAAACAUGACAGAAGCUUCCCUGCUGGGAAAUAUGAGUUCAUGGAUGUUCUUGUGAGAAACAGGAAGGAGAAAAGCACCCGAAUAUUGGUGGACAUGGAUUUCAGAACGCAGUUUGAGAUUGCAAGACCCAGUAGCGAAUACAGUGCUCUCAUACAACUGCUUCCUCUGCUUUAUGUUGGGAAUGCAGAAAAACUCGUUAAAAUUGUGAAGAUAAUGUCCAAAAGUGCCAAGACGUCUUUGAAAACAAAGGGAAUGUGCAUUCCCCCAUGGAGAACAUAUGCUUACAUGCACUCCAAAUGGUUGAGUUCUUGCAGGAGAAUAACCAACUGUUUUAUUGAGGAAAUCAUGCCAUGCCAGGGUGGAGAAAAAGAGGAAUGCAUUGAAUUGAAGUUAGCACAGAAAUCUGAGAAACAGAGAAUGGGAAAGUUGACGUCAAAGCUGCCCACUGUUUUAAUGGAAGCCGGACUAACUUCUAUGUUCAAGGUAGUAGCUGUAGCAUAAGAUUUGCUAUAUCUUGGCUUGUUUAAUUGAGUAUAUUCGGGGCAAUUUUUCAUGAAAUCCAUAGAAAUUUUGUAAUCCUAUUCUUUUCGGGACUCAUUUCAACUAAAACUAUAGUUAGUAUUGUUGAACUGUGUGCUCAAACCAUUUGUUUUUGACCAUUUUUUUUCAAAGUUGCAGUCAAAACAAGCUCUUCACUUGAGAGAGUGGAGUAGGUGACGAGUCCAUUUUGUCAUUUGCCUGGCAGCCGCCCUCCUUUCAAGCAUGUUG